ACUUAAUUUGUGUUAAAUUAAUUGGUGGAGAAACCAAGCAGCAAUAUCGGGAUAAGGCAGGGACUUCUCCAUAAAUAUUACCCUCCUUCAAACUCACUCUCCAAUGGUGCUCUCCGAUCCACCUCGUGUUUCUCGUCUCUCCCUCCCAUGGCGAUCGGAGAAACCCUAGCCGCGCUCUCUUCGUCCAAAACCCUAAUCCUCAAACCCUCCCCCUCUCCCACCACCUCCUCCUCUUCGACCCGCUCCCUACGCCACUGGAUCCCCUGCUUUUCUCGCCACCACCCCUCUCUGGCGACCUCCUCCUCCGCCGCCGCCGCCGCCGCCGCUGAGGCUCGGCGGAGCAUGGUGGAGGCGUUCGACCCUACGAUCCCCCUCGCCGAAGCCCUAACUCCGCCGAGCAUGUGGUACAUCGACUCCUCCUUCCUCGCCCUCGAGUUCGAUCGCGUCUUCUUCCGCGGGUGGCGGGCCGUGGGUUACACCGAACAAGUCGCCAAGCCACAUGAUUUCUUUGCUGGAAGAUUGGGAAAUGUAGAGUUUGUCAUCUGUCGGGAUGCUAAUGGAAACCUUCGCGCUUUUCACAAUGUAUGCCGCCACCAUGCGUCCCUCCUUACCUUUGGAAGUGGGCAGAAGUCUUGCUUUGAAUGCCCUUAUCAUGGAUGGACCUACGGCUUGGAUGGAGUACUUCUGAAAGCUACUCGGAUAUCAGGAAUUAAAAACUUCAAUAAAAAUAACUUUGGACUAAAAUCAAUUAACGUGGGUACCUGGGGCCCAUUUGUAUUAGUAAAUUUAGACCAGAAAAUCCUGAAUCAACAAGAUAUCACCGAAGACAUUGUGGGAAAAGAAUGGCUGGGGAGUGCUUCAAACUUGUUGAGUACGAACGGAAUUGAUACUUCGCUUAAGCAUGUUAGCCGACGUGAAUACACCAUUGAAUGUAAUUGGAAGGUUUUUUGUGACAAUUAUUUAGAUGGUGGCUAUCAUGUUCCAUAUGCCCAUAAGGGUCUUGCAUCAGGACUUGAGUUGAACUCCUAUGAAACUCUUAUGUUCGAGAAGGUUAGUGUUCAAAGAUGUGAGAGUGCUUCAGUUGAGCAGGAUAGCUUUGAUAGGCUUGGAUCAAAAGCGAUAUACGCCUUCGUGUAUCCAAACUUUAUGAUUAAUCGGUAUGGUCCAUGGAUGGAUACUAAUCUAGCAAUUCCUCUAGGCCCCACCAAAUGCCAAGUGAUAUUUGAUUACUUUCUCGAUCCAUCUCUGGCUGAUGACAAGGCUUUCAUUGAAAGGAGCUUAGAAGAUAGUGAAAGAGUGCAGAUUGAAGACAUUGCACUGUGCGAAGGAGUUCAGAGGGGAUUGGAAUCACCAGCCUAUGACAGUGGAAGAUAUGCACCCUCUGUUGAAAUGGCCAUGCACCAUUUCCACUCUCUUCUUCAUGCGUCCCUCGUUGAUACAUAAGUCACUAACCCUACAGGGUAAAGAUCUAAGAGAGCAGCAAGUAAUGUUAUUGAUAUGAAUGAAAUUCGACUUCAAGGCCUUGGUAAGUCUAUUUUCUCUGGCUCAUAUCAAAGCCUAAUUGCUUGAUCUGCUAUUGGAAACUGGUUUGCUUUUGCGAUUACGGCGUAUUGGCCCAUGAUGUUAAGUUUCUUUAUAUAAACAUGUUUGUUUUACCGAAAGUGGAGAAGGUCGAGUUGUUUACGGCCGUAAAUUAUGUAAUUGCGUAAAGUAAAAGAACACUAGUGAUUUAUGUGGCUUUUGCCUUGGAUCCUAUGUUAGUAGUAUUGAAGGUCUAGCAGAAAGAUGAUGGUAGGAUCUAAUUGCAAAAAUUGGAUAAAAUGAAAAGAUCAGUGGAGCAAUUAAUUACCUCA